AUUUCCGCAAUUAGUAAAGAGCAAAAGGAGGAAAACAUAAGAAGGAUUCAAUAUUUCAAUCUCCUUUCCAUUUCUGUGCAGGAGGAAGCAAAUCCGUCCCAAAUAUAUACACGUCGCGCCCCCAGAGCUGCGGGGAGGGGAGGAGUCGAGGGAGACGAGGGCAAUCCGAGGCGUUUGCGAGCACCGGCAGCGGCCCGCAUUUCGCCACCACCUCCGGCAUCGCCGCCGGCGUUCUCCUUCGGCGAGGGGGAUUUUUUUUGGCCGUUCGUGAUGGCCGGGGUGGAACCGCCGCCGCCGCCGGUGCCGCCGCCGACGGGGCUGGCGGCGGCGCGUGCGGUGAGGCCGAGGAGGGCCUCCGCCAAACGCUCCUGGCCUCCUGACUGCGGCCGCUUCCCCGCUCCGCCGCCGCCGCCGCAGCCGCCUGCUCCCGUGGCAGGUGACGAUGGAAAUAAUGGCGUCGAUGGCAUCGCCAACCCGAGCCGAGCGGAUGAGGUGGCUGUCGUAGCCAGCCGCUUCCCCGUUUCGCCGCCGCGGCCUGUCGUAGCAGGUGAUGAUGGAGAGAAGGGUGUCAAUGGUAGUGUCGAGGGCAGAGGAGGAGAUGAUGGAGAGAAGGGUGUCAAUGGUAGUGUCGAGGGCAGAGGAGGAGAUGAUGGAGAGAAGGGUGUCAAUGGUAGUGUCGAGGGCAGAGGAGGCGAUGAUGGAGAGAAGGGUGCCAUUGGUAGUGUCAAGGGCAGAGGAGGGGAUGAUGGAAAGAAGGGUGCCAUUGGUAGUGUUGAGGGCAGAGGUGGGGAUGACGGAGAGAAGGGCUUCCAUGGUGUCGCGGAGGGCAGACAGGAGGAGGUGGUUGCCCCUGCUGCGGUGGAGGAAACUGCAUGCAACGGUACCCUCCAGCGUGGCCCGUCUCAGCCAGAGGUAGAGAGGAUGGAGGUGGAGGAGGGAGAGGGGAGGGACAUGGGAGAGCGACCACUGCCUAAUGACAGGGAUGCUCUGAUGUCCAAUGAUCAGGGAGUGAGCUUGGUGUUCGAUGUGAUGCCGUUGGCUGUAGCUGCACCGAUUACUUGUGGUGCUAAUGUCUCUAAUAGUUCUGCUGAGAAUGUUAGUGAUGCGGCCAGUUUGUUGAUGGACAGAAGGGGGGGCUUGGGCGGUUCUGAAUUCAUGAGAAAGGAGGUUACUAGUGAUAUUGCUAGCCAAGAAAUGAAACACAGAGUGGGUGUUGGUGAAUUACAGAGGAAGGAGGAUGAUGUACAUGAUGGUGGCAGAAAAAAGAGGUGGUUGAUGUCAGCUAUGAAUCCUCCACCCAAAAGAAGGGCGGUCUCAGCCAUUCGCAAAUUUCCUCCUAACUGUGGGAGGUCUGCUGCUACUCUUGCUGGAAGUGAAGACAAAAAGGAGUUGCCUUUAGAAGCCACACCUAUUAGUGUAGCUACUAGUGGUGUCUUUAUGGAGGAUGCCUUGGCAAGAACCCCAAUUUCAGUCCAAGGUGCUUCUUUGGUGCCCGGUCUAGACCAUUCUAGUGAAGCAAUAGAUGGCAGGACAAUUGAGGAUGAUGAAUCUAGCAUGGCAGGAAAUAGGAUCCAAGAAUUCCAAGUUGCCACAAAUGCUUCCCUAGAUGAUUUUGAAGGAGCGGAGAAUGGUAGCACAUGCUGGAAUGAUAUCGUUAGAAAACCUUCACCUAGGCAUGGUUUUGUUGAGAAGGUGAAUGGAAAGGGAUCAUCCCAAGAGAAGAAGCUUGUAGCACGAGCUGUUGGGGGUGGGAAGAUGACAAGAAAAUGUGAAGGGAGAUUACAAGAAGGCACUCUUGAGACUCGUACGAGAGAACUUGUUGAUGUAAAGGCAAAACACAAGCUAUUAAAGAGUGAUAAGAUGAAUGGGGCAUUGCAAGAUGGUGCUAGAUUAUCUAGAGAUGGUAUAAUUGAAAGGAACGCUUCAAGCACUCAGAGAACCGCAGUGCGCUCGGAUAUGAACAUGAAGCAAGGUGAUAUUGCUCGUAAGGUUGAUGCCACAUACAAAUGCAAGGGAACUACAAAAAGGCCUAUUGAGGGGGCUAAAUCCGGGAAGCAUGUUACGACCAAUCAAAUUGAAGAUGAUGAUAGAGAUCUUGUCAGUGAUAGGAUAAUUGUGCAAGCACUAAUGGCCCCAGACAAAUGCCCGUGGAAACAAGGAAGGAAGUCUGUUGGUAGCGCCUCUCAGUCUCGUACUCCUAAGCACAACCUUAAGAAAAAAAUUGGUGGUCCAAGGAAAGAAUUAAAAGAUGCUACUCCAAGGAAAGAAUUAUCCUUGGUGGCCGCUACUUCUAAAGCGAUCAAGCAUGAAGCCACAAAGGAUUCUUACUUGGAGGAUGGAGGCAACUCCAAGGAUUCUUACUCGGAGGAUGAAGGCAACUCUAAGUCACUAGUGCAUAAUAGAGGAAAGGCACUAGUUGUGCGUGGAGGAAAGAAGGAAUUAUGUGUUGCACUCCCUCCAUGUGCUCCUUCUGGCUCAGAUCCUCGAAGCAAAAUAAGGAAUGUACUCCAGAGGUUCCAGGCGGCAUGCCGAAAGCUUAUGCAAGUUGAGGAACAACAUAGAGCUAAUAUUGCAAGAAUUGACAUCGAGGCCGUUAAUGCCCUAAAACAAAACGGUUAUACUAAGCCUGGUCCUAUUGUUGGGAAUGUUGCGGGAGUUGAAGUUGGUGAUGAGUUUCAUUUUAGAAUCGAGUUGUCAAUUGUUGGACUCCAUCGUCCGUAUCAAGCUGGUAUUGACAUGACAAAGGUGAAUGGAAACCUCAUUGCUAUAAGUAUUGUUGCUUCCGGGGGCUACCAUGAUCAAUUGUCUAGCUCCGAUGAACUCAUAUAUACGGGCUCGGGGGGAAAGGCCAUCGGCAAUAGGGCAGCUGAAGAUCAAAAGCUUGAGCGUGGUAAUCUAGCUUUGAAGAAUUGCAUCGAUACCAAGACUCCGGUCCGAGUGAUACAUGGAUUCAAAGGCCAUGCUAAAAGUGAAGCUAGCCAUUCGAAAACAAAGCAGAUUUCGACAUAUAUUUAUGAUGGGCUGUACAUGGUGGUGGAUUGUUGGCAAGAAGGCACAAAGGGCUCGAUGGUCUUCAAGUACAAAUUACAUAGGAUCCCAGGCCAACCUGAGUUAGCAUUACACAUAAUCAAGGCAACGAGGAAGUCCAAAGUUCGUGAAGGUACUUGUGUGCCUGAUAUAUCUCAAGGACGCGAGAGGAUUCCCAUAUCUGUGGUCAACACAAUUGAUGAUAUGCAGCCAGAACCAUUUAUGUACACUGCAGAAGUCAUAUAUCCAGAUUCCUAUGCAAAAGAACCUCCCAAAGGCUGUGAUUGCACGAAUGGUUGCGCAGACUCUGAUAGGUGUGCCUGUGCAGUGAAGAAUGGAGGUGAAAUCCCUUUCAAUUUCAGUGGUGCUAUUGUUGAGGCAAGACCUCUCAUAUAUGAAUGUGGCCCAUCAUGCAGGUGCCCUCCAACAUGCCACAACAGGGUGAGCCAGCAUGGUAUCAAAAUUACUCUGGAAAUAUUCAAGACAGGAGAGAAAGGUUGGGGUGUGAGAUCUCUCAGUUCUAUCUCUUCAGGCAGUUUCGUAUGCGAGUAUACAGGUGAGAUUUUGCAGGAUAAUGAAGAUGAUCAAGUAGAGAAUGAUGAGUACCUUUUCGAUAUUGGUCACAACUAUCAUGAUGAAGUUUGGGAAGGUAGUAAAUCAGGCAUUUAUGGUCUGGAAUCUUCUACGUCCGAGACAACAGAGGAUGGUGGUGAAGGCACUACUAUCGAUGCAUCAAAGUGCAGCAAUGUUGGAAGAUUCAUUAACCACAGCUGCUCGCCGAAUCUGUUUGCUCAAUGCGUUCUUUGGGACCACGAUGACCUGAAGAUACCGCACAUUAUGUUCUUUGCCAGCGAGAACAUCCCACCGCUACAAGAGCUUACUUACGAUUACAAUUAUAAAGUUGGUAAACUCAAGGACAAGAAUGGCAAGGAGAAGGUUAAACCAUGCUUCUGUGGCUCGCCUGAUUGCUCUGGUAGGCUGUACUAAGAUUGUUUUUGGCUGAUGAUGAUGACGACAAUGCCCAUUUUUCAGUGUGACACUGUUCUGGCAUGCCAUUGAUACUUUGUUUCUACGUCCGUUGUCUUACCUGCUCAUCUUGCACAGUUGUACUCAUGAUGAGCAGAACAGUGUCAUCUUGCACUCAUCCGUUGUCAAUUCCAAAGAUUUACAGUUGCUCUCAUCUUGCACA